UGUAUUUGCCAAUUGGAAGAAACAGUUUAAGGAUUUAGAACUCAAGAUCCUCUUCUGGAAAGCUGCGAAAUCAUAUUUGGAAAGUGAGUAUGAAGGAUAUGUACGAGACAUUCGACGCUACAACCCAUUGGCAUAUGAUGCAUUUGUGAGGGCACAUCCGAAGAGGUGGUGCAGAGCCUUUUUUAAGCCAGAAUCGAGAUGUCAUGACAUUCACAACAACUUAUCUGAGAGCUUCAAUUUUUCAAUCAAAGAAGCACGUUCGCGGCCGAUAAUUGAUAUGUUUGAAGAGAUUCGUAGGAAAACAAUGAAACGGAUCUCAAGACGAGCACGUGAAGCAGCAAGGUGUAAAACUGAAUUUCCCCCUAGGAUCAUGAGGAUUUUGGAGAAAUACCGAUAGAAAUCUCGAUACUGCAACAUCAUAAAUAGCGGGCAUGGAAAAUACGAGGUAGCUGAGUUUGGGGUUUCUUAUGGGGUUGAUUUGUCUACUAACGCAUGUGGUUGUAAGAGAUGGCAGUUGAGAGGUAUACCUUGUCAACAUGCCCAAGCUGUGAUCAAAGUAACGCGACAAAACAUUGCGCCGUUUAUGUCUCAUUUCUAUCUCAAAUCGAAAUGGCAAGCAACAUAUGCAAAUAAUAUCAUGCCAGUUAAUGGUGAACCGUUGUGGCAAAAAUCUGGAAGAAUUCCCAUUACUGUACCAAAAGUUCAAAGAAUGCCGGGUCGACCAAAAAAGCAGAACAGAGUAAAAGACCCCCAUGAGUCUCCUUCAAAACCUGGUCACAUAACCCGGCAUGGAAGGAUAUUCCGUUGUAGCAUUUGCAAACAAACUGGGCAUAAUGCAAAGACAUGCAAAAGUGAACCUACACAUAGGCCUAGGAUAUCAGGAGAAGGAGCAUCGAGUAGCAAUGCAUCGCGGUCGACUAACAAUGCGCCACGGAAACGGAGACAACAAGGACCAUCGACUACCAAUGUACCUCCGAACACAACUACUGCUAACUAUGUUGAAGUGAAUUCUAUUCCGACUCAAUCAAGUCAGACAAAACAAUCUGGGCUUCCGUUGAACACUAGGCGUCGUAUUCUCAUCGGGAUGUCGUCUACCACAAUCGGGACUUCCACAAGCCGACAACAUCCGUUCACCAUACCCAGACAACUAAAUCUGUCUAACAUAUCACAUGGAAAUCAAUCUCAGUAAUCAGAUGGUGUUUGUUUGUUGUUCAAACUCAUGUUUCAUGUUUUUCCUCAUUUCAAGAACAUAUAAUGUUGUUUUGCAACUAUGUUUUUUAAUGUUUCUUGUCUUUUUGGGACAUAUAACGUUGAUGUAUUUUGUAUUUCGAGACUUGUA